UAACACAGUCUUUCUCAAUCUCUUAAUCAAUGUCAGCGAGACCAGAGCAUGUGUGUGUGAAGCUGUGAGCGUGAGUUGAAUCUAAUAAAAAUGAUUAAUUUAUCCUCCAUUUCCUGUCUUCCUUUCGAUUAUUCUGGGUCAGUGUGCCGCACACAUUGCCCAACGUGGUAAAGAUUGUGUUACACAAUGGCAGUUUUUCACACGACCUUAAAUUAUUUAGCACACACAUCAAUAAUAUAUCAGUAAAUAUAUCAUAUAUAUAAUGAAUAUAUAUCAAUAAACAUGAACAAAUUGUUGUAACUAAUCUAAACGUUUAUUCAUUCAUCGCACAAUGCGCAUCCAGUUGCAGACUUUGCAAUUAACUAAUUUCCGUCCAUAACGUGGUAAUUAUAAUUGCUAAAACAAUCAGUGGUUCGGCCCGAGAAAUUAAAUUAAAAUUAUUAUUAACCAAGCUGUAGCUUUGACUGUGUUCUGAUUAUUAGAAGUCGUUCACUGCAAAUCAGCAAUCAAGAAGUUCAUAUCUGGAAAUCUCUAUGUGCCUCGUUAUCUUUGACUUUUUUCCAUUUGACCGGAACAAGGGUUUUUUUUUCUUCCUCAGACUGGUCACAUAAUUUCACAAAUUUGUUCUUAUUUUCUGCUUGCUCUUUUCUCUUUGCUUCAGUUCACUGAAAAAAAUCAAGAUUGAACGUAAGAAUCUUCAGCCAUACUGUAUGUAAAAGGAGAAACGCAUUCUGUUUGUCUUAAAGCAGGAAACCUUAUUUUCAGAAGAUUUCCAUAAAAUUACACUUGUCACUUUUGUCAAAGAAAACUUUUUAUAUCAGCCAUAAUGGAUUUGAAAUAGGCCUGUUUCACUUCUUUUCAUUUUUUCAAAAUUAAUCUAGUUAAUGUAUUUAUCACAAUAUUAUUUCAAGAUGUGAUGGUAACAGGGACUUUUAGUUAAAAAAUUUCUACUGCUUCAUUUCUGCAUUAAUCAUGUGCACCAACUCCCUUCCUUCUUUGUUUUGUUUUCAUUUACAGUCAAGUUUAAUCUUUUUCUGCAUUUAGUUUCACUUCUGUUUUUAUCAUUAACAAAGUGAGGUAAUGGAAUUUCUCCUGCAGUUCUUCCCUUCAGUCCUUAGUGGUUUGUGUUUCGUGUGAUGGUAACUGUUUAGAUUUAUUCGAAAGAUAUUACCUUUUUAUAUAAAAAGACUACUUAAUAAAAAAAAAAUCUAAGUAUUAUUUCAUUUUUUUUCCUUCGUAUGGUCCGAUAUCAGUUCAUAGCCCGGUGGUUGGGCACCUCUGCUCCAUGCACUUACUAACAAUUGACAUGCAGCAACACAUCAGUGACUAUUUGUGUUUUGUAUCUGGUUCUUUCACAUUCCUUGCUCUCUCUAUUUUAUAUCUGUGUAUUUACAGUAAAUUAUCCUGUUCAUGCUUCAUUCCUGGAAAGAAGAAGUUGAAGGUUUAAUAUUUACAUUCAAUAUUAUUCAUGGGUUUUAGUAAGAGCACCAAUUGGUUUCAGAUUUAUUUAUUGUGCCAUUUUCCUGUCAUUACUUAUUGAAAUGAACAUGCUGUAUUGACAGCCAUUUUAGACCAACCUGUACAAAAACUAACCUGCUAAUGGUCAAAACCACUAACUCAUAAAUCCUUUCCCAUUUUCUAUCAUUUGUAAAUGUCAUAUACUCCACGACCAAUUCAUCACAAUAAACCUGCUGCCAUUUUAAUGGAAUAAUGCUCUACAGAUGUGAAUUUUUAAACUGCUGUAAUGAGUCCAACUGAAACAACAUCAGUUAUAAUUCUCUGACAGACAUUUGUAACAUUAAGCUUGGUGCUAAUUGUUCUUCUGCCGAUCUUUCUAACCUCUCUCUAAGAAAUUGAACAUAGUGACUUAAUAAAAACCUGAUAGGUGAAGCAGUGAGAGAAGGCUCAACGCAGCAAAUGAGGCGAGGAGUGGUGAUAAGUCUGGCAGCAUUGGUUAAAGCGUUUUAGGGUGGAAUGUGAAAUAAGGCUAGAUAAUUAACAUCCUUAGGCUUAAUCAAACCAACUGAUUGUAUAAGAUAAGCCCAGUAAAUGAAAUCUGCUGUCGCCAGUGUCCUUCCCAGUGAAGGUGGUGAUGGUUCAUUCAUCUUCUACCUCUUAACAGCUUUUCGUAGGAAGGCUGCUGAGAACCAGUCCUAGCUGUCAGCAGAUACAAUGUGGACCGUUCAUUGGGCUCUGUAUCGGUAUCACCUGAUACUUCAUUCAAAUACUGGGAAAAACUGCAACCAGGUGUGGUGGUGUAAUUUUGCACUUUUUUAGUGUUUAUACUGCUCAAUGUAAGACAUUAUCAUUAUCACGUCAACGAGUUUGCUUAUAAAACAGUUCUGUCCCAACAAUAACAGCUCUGCUUGACUUAAGGUACCCUGGUGAGGAAGUGAUUCUGAGAGUGAUUGAUAACUAUUUGAUGUUGUUCUAGGGAAGUUGGUCUGGUGUUUGUAUUGCCACACAUUGCAAACAAGGAUUAUUUGCUCUCUGUCCCUCUUCCCUAUGCCCUUUAAGCAAACAUUUCCGAUGAGAUGAAGGGCAUCUUAGAGAGUAGGUAGCAGAUCUGUGGGUAGAUCCAUCAAAUGACUGCAUUUCCUGCCCGUGCGCAAAGCCAAGCCCUGCCCAGUGGACACACAUGCCGAGAUAGGCCUCAGGUUACUGCUUUAUUAGUCAAUGUAGGAGUGGAGGUGUGAGGUGGGUAUGGGUGCAGCAAGGGAUUUCCUUUGCUUCCUCUGUGGCUGAGAAGGUGGGGUGGAUGCUGCUGGACUGUUGUCUCCAUUAACCAUUCAUGAUCACAUACAUGUCAGCCAGUUAAACAGCGGAACAACCGGUGGACAGGAGGAAUGCCAGCUCCUGACCAAAGCCCAGUGAUGGAGGAAGGGCUUCUGUUGAACAUCCGUGACACUUCAACUGGCCGCAGAAUGGAGAAAGACACGACCGCCAACAACAUCCUGGCUUCAGUCAAAGAGCAGGAGCUACAGUUUGAGCGGCUAACCAGGGAGCUGGAAGUGGAGAGGCAGAUUGUGGCCAAUCAGCUGGAAAGAUGCAGACUUGGAUCGGAGUCCCCGGGCGGUGGUAGCAGCAGCUCGUCUGAAAAGUCACUGCCUUGGAGAAUCACAGAUGCCUCCACCUCGGGGGACACAAAGUCUCGGGUGACUGACAGCUCCCAGUCGCCCAGCUACCGCAUCAGGACUGAGACAGAGCAGGUGUCUCUGUAUUCCCCUGAGCAGUCCUCUCUUCAUGAAAGUGAGGGGAAUUCACGCAGCUCCACACAGAUGAACUCGUACUCGGACAGCGGCUACCAGGAUGCCAGCAGCGGCUACAUCAACAGCCAGAACCUGGGCAAAGCUGAUCUGAGGAUACAGCACUCCUACCCUGGGGCCGGCACAAACACCUUGAUGAGAAAUGCCAGGGCUGAGGGCCAGGCUUCAUCCCAGGUUCCAACAGUUACGUCAGCAGUCCCUGGCAGGGCCAUGCGGAGGGUGAGCUCAGUGCCUUCUCGCUCUCACUCACCAGCCUACACCAGUGGUAUGUCCCCCUCCCGUGGCUCUCUACGUACCUCAUCCAGCAGCGCCCACGGUUCGCCCAUCGUAACAGAACCCAAGCCCUUCUCCAGCGUCUACUCUACAACGUUGCCCUCUGCUCAGCGAGCUGGUACCGCCAGUGUUGGCAGCAGUGGUUCAGCCUUUACAAACCACAAAAACUCCCCAGUGGCGCUGCGACGCAUGGGCUCAACGAACUCCAGGUCAGGCAGCGCGAGUCGCACCACUUCACCCUACCAAGCGUCUGCAGGCUCCUCAUCGGGGCGCAUGGGGUCACCGCUCACAAUGAUCGAUAACGUCAACCCUCCUUUAACGAAGCAGCCAACACACUCCUCUCCAGUCAGGGCUACCAUGACCGCUGUGCCACAGCACUACAGCUCCACGAUGCCCCGCUCAGUGCUGCACAACGCUGACCCCUACGGACCCCAGAGUUACGAUAUUUAUGAGAGGAUGGCGCGCCCCGACACCCUCACAGACGCCCUGGUAGACGAUGACAUUAAAGCGAUACGCAGCUCAUAUGCCAGUCAGCACAGCCAGUUGGGUCAGGACAUGAGGUCGGCCAUGUCUCCAGAUCGACACAUCGCACCCAUCUACGAGGACCGGACCUUUCAGGGCCCUCUGUAUCGUAGUCCCAGCCACACCCAGCAGGGCACCCUCUACAGGAGCCCCUCAGGGGUGGGAAGUCUCCGGCGGACAUCGAGUCAACGCAGUGCCAUGACCUACCAAAGAAACAACUAUGCUCUUAACACAACCACCUACGCCGAUCCGUACCGCUCCGCUCAGUACCGUCCCUCUGAUCCAAACUACGGUCGGCAGGCUGUCAUCAUGGACGACGCUGCCACUCGCUCGCCCUCCAUAGACAGCAUUCAGAAAGAUCCCAGAGAGUUUGCCUGGCGUGACCCGGAGCUGACAGAGGUGAUUCACAUGCUGCAGCAUCACUUCCCCUCGGUGCAGGCCAACGCGGCUGCAUAUCUGCAGCACCUGUGCUUCGGAGAUAAUCGAAUCAAGGCUGAGGUUUGUCGACUGGGAGGAAUCAAACAUCUGGUGGACCUACUAGACCACAAAGUCCUUGACGUUCAGAAGAACUCAUGCGGAGCCUUGAGGAACCUUGUUUACGGCAAAGCAAUGGAUGACAAUAAAGUUGCUGUGAGAAACGCAGGUGGCAUUCCAGCUCUGCUGCGUCUGCUGAGGAAGUCUGUGGACGCAGAAGUGAGGGAGCUCGUCACAGGAGUGCUGUGGAACCUGUCGUCGUGUGACGCUGUGAAGAUGACAAUCAUCCGGGACGCCUUAACCACUCUGACCAACACUGUGAUCAUCCCUCACUCUGGAUGGAGCAACUCCACCUUCGACGACGACCACAAGCUGAAAUUUCACUCCUCCCUGGUGCUGAGGAACACCACAGGCUGUCUGAGAAACCUGAGCUCAGCUGGAGAGGAGGCCAGAAAACAGAUGCGUACCUGUGAGGGUCUGGUUGACUCACUGCUGUACGUCAUCAAAGCCUGUGUGAACACCUCUGACUUCGACAGCAAGAUUGUGGAGAACUGUAUUUGCACUCUGAGGAACUUAUCGUAUCGUCUGGAGCUGGAGAUGGCUCCAUCCCGACUGAUUGGAGGGCAGGAGGUGGACGGCCUGCUGGACAGCGAGUCGGCCAAUAAGGAGGAGGAUUCUAGCUGCUGGGGCCGGAAGAAGAAGAAGAAGAAAAAGAGUUCUCAGGAGGACUCAUGGGACGGAGUGGGACCCAUCCCUGGCAUCUCCAAAUCUCCUAAAGGGGCAGAGAUGCUGUGGCACCCUGCAGUCGUCAAGCCUUACCUGACUCUGCUCGCUGAAAGCUCCAAUCCUGCCACUCUGGAGGGAGCAGCUGGCUCUCUUCAGAACCUGUCGGCCGGAAACUGGAAGUUUGCAGCUUAUAUCCGAGCGGCCGUGCGUAAGGAGAAAGGACUGCCGAUCCUGGUGGAACUGCUGCGCAUGGACAACGACCGGGUGGUGUGUUCUGUAGCCACGGCCCUGAGGAACAUGGCACUGGAUGUCAGGAACAAGGAACUCAUAGGGAAAUAUGCCAUGAGAGACCUGGUCAACCGUCUCCCCGGAGGAAACACCACCCUGCUGUCAGACGAGACCGUGGCCGCCAUCUGCUGCACCCUGCACGAAGUGACCAGCAAAAACAUGGAGAACGCCAAGGCCUUGGCCGACACGGGCGGCAUCGAGAAGCUGGUCAACAUCACCAAGGGCAGAGGUGACAGGUAUUCCAUGAAGGUGGUGAAGGCUGCUGCUCAGGUGCUGAACACAUUAUGGCAGUACAGGGAUCUGCGGACCAUCUAUAAAAAGGACGGAUGGAACCAAAACCAUUUCCUCACUCCUGUGUCAACACUGGAAAGAGACCGGUUCAAGUCCCAGCCCACUCUGCCCACCAGCACGACUCAACUGUCCCCAGUCAACCACCCUGCUGCCAGUGCCACGUCGUCUCCUGCCAUGUUGGGCAUCAGAGAGCAUAGAGACGUAGUCAAAGAUUAUCAGAGAUCACAGUCAACUAUGCAAUUUUAUAAUUACCAAGGAGACAUCAGUAUUCAUAAAAAUCAGUACACAGGGUCUGGAAAACCUUCCUAUUACUACACAUCUCCAACAAGAGAAGAGCCCAGAAGAACACAGCCUGUGUAUUACACAGACGAGGUGGGGCGGAGGAACUACGAUACCUACAGAAUGUAUCUGCAGCAUCCACACGGCUACGACGAGCCGUACUUAGAGGAGGUCAUCACCUAUCCACCGGCCAUUGACUACAGCUCCCAGCCUCAUGGACUGAAAGCAACUACCAAUUAUGUGGACUUUUACGCCAGCACGCGGAGGCCUACCCUCAGGCCAGAGCAGUACCCCGGCUCUCCUGACUCCUGGGUAUAGGUCUGCAGGUCCUGCGUCUCCUUCAUCCCUGACUAUAAUUUCCUGGAUGUCUUCACCUUGCCGCAAAGUCAAAAAGAGCCAGUAGCACAGAAGAAACAAACUCUCUCACGAACUUGGCUUUUUAAGUGUGUUUGUGUGUGUGUUCAGAGAGGGAGGAGUUCAACUGACUGAUUACAGAUGGAAAGAAGGAAUGUGUGCCAAAGAAGGAAAUCAUGGAAUGUUUUUUUAAUGAACUUUUUUUUAACGGAGCAGAAGAUGGAAUCAUGAUGGCGGUCAGUAGAGAGCAGAACUUGGACACUUGUGUGACUAAAGCUGCAUCCUGCUCUGUGUAGAUGUUAGUUUUAUUUUCUUUAGGAAACCUGUCACUUGUGAUAGCAUGGAGAAAGUUGUGAGUCAUGUGAGCAAAGAAACGCUGUGAGGACUGAGAUGUGGGAAUGUGUAUGUGUUGAAGCCAAAAUGGAUGAAAACCAACAAGGAAUUAAAAAAAAGAAGCCCAGUAAUGUUUGAAUGUACAGAGGGAUGAAAUAGUAUCUGUACCUAAUGUUGAACUUGUGUCAUGCCAUGGAGUCUUGUACAUUUCUGUCAUUGUAUUGUAAAUACAGAAAAAAAUAAAAUCAUGUUUCCUGGUCAAAACUCAUCAGCACUGGUAAAAAAAAAAAAAAAUAGAAACAUGUGCCAUGUUAAAUCUAUAGAUAUAUGAAUAUAUGAAGAAGUAUGUGGACAAAGAUGGCAUCAUAGAACAACUGUGUUCAAAUAAUAAAGUCAGUUUUGUUUUUUAAUUAC